UCCCAGCCAGAGUAACGGUAGCUGUCGCUUCCGAUCUCUCAAUUGUUUCGGUUUGUUGACGUUUGCAGGAGUCUUGCAGCAGCUAGUAACGGGGGUCUGCCCGUUGUUUCAGCCGAGUGGUGUCAGAGUCAAUGAAGCUAGCUAGCUAAACGAGCUAACGUUAGCUUAAAUGGGUUUUAGAGUCAAAAGAUGAUCGCCUCACUUUCUAGAGGAAGUUUGCUGGACGAGGUUCUUCAUGGGGGCUUUAAUGAGCAGCAGCUGGCAGCCUAUGUUUCCUGGGUGAACUCUCAGCUGAAGAGGAAACCAGGCCUGAAGCCUAUCACCAACCUCAGACAUGAUCUGCAGGAUGGGGUGGUGCUCACACAGCUCAUAGAGAUAGUUGCUGGGGAAACGCUGGAAGGAGUGUAUGUUGCUCCACGAAACAAAGAGGAAAGCAGGAAAAAUGUGGAGCAAGUCUUGCAGUUCAUUUCCUCCAGACACAUACGCAUGCCACACAUAUCUGCAAGAGACAUUGUCGAUGGUAAUCUGAAAUCGGUAAUGAGGAUAAUUCUGGCACUGGCUGCCCAUUUCAAACCCUCAGCCAAUCACAGGGCCGCUUCUGGAAACAGGAGGAGUUUAACAAGAGGCACUGCCAGCCACAACCCUCUCUCCACUGUUGCACUAGCCCAAGGUGCCGCUGCUGCACUAGCAUCAGCACGACUUGAUGCCUCGCAGCCAGCGCGCUCCGUACGUAUCCACAGUGGCUGGGGGUUGGAUGUGGAUAAGGCUGUGUGUGUUCGUGCACUGGUUGAGCAGUAUGAAAGAGGAGCCCCGGAUGAGCCCGACAGCUCUCACUCCAACAGCUCCGUCAGUCCGCUGUCAUCUCCCAGAGCUCCACUCAGCAGCCACUCAGACAGACAGCAGGAGGACAGCCAACAACAACAGGAGGGUGGUGUUGGUGAGUGCUGUCCCACCACAAACUCUCACGUUGGAGUGGAGACCGCGUUGGAGGAUUCUCUCAGUGAAACUUUGGAGAAGGAGGUGCAGGAGACACGUAAAAUGGUGUCUGCUUUACAGGCCCUGCUGCUUCAUGGUUCACUGCCUGAGGACGAGCAGGAUGUGUCCUUGAUUUUGGACCAAGGCAGUGCUGAACAGCAACUGGUGGUCAUUCGCAGUCGUUUGGACCAGAGCAUGGAGGAGGCUCAGGAGCUGAAGAGGGAACUGCUGCGCUGUAAGCAGGAGAUGAGAAACCUGCAGGGAGUCAAGGAUGCCCAGCAGCAGAGGCUGUGCACGCAGGAGGCAUCGAUACUACAGAUGAAGCAAGAACUUCUCAGAGCCAGCAUGACGAAGGAUGACCUCAACAACCAGAACGCUGAGCUACAGUGGAAGCUGGAGGAAUGCAACAGGCUGUGGGGUGAAUGCAAGAAGGAGAUAGGACAGAAGGAC